AUGUCCUCGUCAAUACUGAGCGACCGGCAGCGAAGCGAGCGGCGGUCAUCGCGAGUACCGGGCGGAUUUGACCAAGAGGAGGAUGACGACGACGUGGCAUCCGUUGAGAGCGGCCACGAUGAUUCGCACCACGCACAAGACAAGGACGAGCCAUCCUCUCUCCUGCCCGCAUUUGGAGAUCCUAGCAGUCUGCUGCAGCCCAUUGACGAGCACACCAAUCUCGAAUUGCCUGCAAACCGCACCUUCGACGAAAGUGAAAUGAACAAGAAACUACAGGAUCACGAGUCCAGCUUUCUGCCCGACCACUCCCCACUGGUUGAGCGGGACUCCCAGACUACGGGUGCAGACGAUACGCACCUGUUCGGCGUUGUUAACGACAAUGUCGCGGUGCGCAAGAAGCCAGUUCCCAUUCAGAUAUCAUACCCCUCUGAAGACACCGAGAACUAUGUGGACGGAAGGCCAGGCCAGUCCCCCAAGACGCCGCCCGGGGGUUACAAGACGCCUGCUCCCGAACAGCAAGAGUUUCGUGACACGCGUGGGAGUGGCCGCUCGACGCCUCAACCAACAUCCACCUCCGUGCUCGAGAGCAUGUCCUCCUCUCCCACCGCCGCCGCCGCCGCCCGAACGCUCUCUCGCGUACAAUCCUUUGCCACGAUGGGCGGCUAUGAAACGGCGAAUGAGUCGGCAGAUCGGUCCAAAAGGGGCAAGAACCCAACCAGCGCAGAGGGUGACCAUGAUGCCCCACCACGGAAGAACGAGACACAUUAUCUAGAUGUACCAGACGCGGCCGACGGCCUGCAAGAGGGUGCCGAGAACAAAUCUAAGCACCGACGGCCCGGGUAUCUGCAUAAAAGAUCCUCCCAGGCCCGCUUGUCUUACGACUCUAUGGCCAGCUCUAAUACAGACGCUAGUGACGCAACCAUUGGUGCCGAUUUCGCUUUGCAGUCCGGCGGCGCGCUGCCUGACUCAACCGACCGUCGAAAAGCCCGGAACACAAUCUCGAGGCAAGCUAGUCUGGGCAGCAUGAUGUCGGGCAUCUCAGGCAUGAGCGACGACGAACCUCGAGCCCAGAGACAGGUCAGCACGAGUGACUUGGGUACCUUGCAAGAAGAAAGUCCCAAUUCGAACAAGGCUGGAGGAUACAAUACCCCUCGUGCUUCGGUCUACAACUUCAAUAUGCCCAGCGACACAGUCAUCGCGAAUAACGUUCGCGACCUGGAGGUACCGGGCACGUUUGCGCGUCAAUAUCGCCAAGAGCGAAGCAUGUCGCCUGAGAAAAGCAACACAAUCAUUGGUCUGACACCAGGACCUAAGAGGGGUCUGACUCUGAAGGAACACAGAAGCACGGUGGAAAAGCUGGGCAAGGAGAACUUCGACCUGAAGAUGAAGAUCCACUUCCUGGAUCAGGCGUUGCAGAAAAGGUCAGAAGACGGCAUCAAGGAAAUGAUUACAGAAAACGUCCAGCUGAAGUCGGACCGACUACGCCUAGAAAAGGAUAAUCAUAAUCUACGGAAGCAGGUUCGGGAUCUGCAGAAGAAACUCGACGAGACAAGCGAUGCUCGGGAUUCGCCCAAUGCUGAUCAAGGGUAUGCGACUGACGAGGAAAGGAGUCCAACAGCAGAGGAAGAAGUUCUCUAUCUCCGGGAGCGCGUUGAGAUCACCGAAAUCGAGAUUGAGAAACUCCGCCAAGAGAACAUUGCAAAAGAAACCGAGAAGCGGCGACUAGCGGAGAUGGUAAAGAGCCUGGGCGAUACGCGCGCUGCUGCGUCUGACGUAGGCUCGAGAGAGGAGCGCGAUAUGUGGAAGGACAUGCUCGAAGCAGAGACCAUCGCCCGCGAGCAGUCAGAGGAAGACAACAAGCGCCUUCGGGAAGAAGUCGCGAAACUCAGGAACGAUACCUUCACAUCCGGCAAAUCUGGCUCACGCAAGAUCAAAAUUGGGGGCUCGGUUGUUUCGAGGUCUAGUAGUGUUGAAGCAACAACCGCCAAGGAUGCAGAGAUUGACAGAUUGAGACAUGAGGUCUCGGAGCUGCAGAAGAUGAUCGGCGCGCAGGCAUCGACCUUGACUUCUCGAAACAAGGAGAAGGAGCGCUUGUACCAGGAGAUUGAGGAUCUCAAACUUGGGCGCAUGGGUGGCCUGCGAUCUGUGGCCGGUGACAGCAUUCUUGAUCGUUCGGCUUCCAGGGCCAGGUCUCAUUCGCGUGCCAGCAACGGCACCAGAAUGUCCCGGUUGAGCGAUCAGGAACGGGAAACGCUCGAGACUCGAAUCAACGAGCUACGUGACGAGGUAUCUCAGCUGAAACUUGAAAAUCAGGAUCUUCAAAGUCAAUUCGAUGAGGCACUUGCUGAGCUGGACGCGGUCGAUGCUCAAGCUCAAGCAGACGCAGAUCAGUUUAACGAAGAGCUUGCCCUCCUUACGCAGGAGCGAGAUAAUGCUCUACGUGACGCCGAAGAACAGGAUCAUGCUUUCCAACAACUGAAGGCUGAAGCUCAGGAAGAGAUUGAUGGUCUGGGAGAUGAGCUCGAUGCCAAGGUCAAGGAAUGUUCGGAGCUUGAGGAGGAGCUCAAGGCACAGGUUGAGAAUGUUCAGGCUUUGCAAGCCGAGAUGCGAUCGGCCGCCGAGGGUCUUGUGCGCCUCGAAGACGAUGCACAGCAAAAUUUGGCACGAUAUCAAUCGGUCAAGGGCGAGCUCGACGAUGCUAACCGCGAGCUGGAAAGCCUUGAAAAGACUCUCUCUGAAGCGGAGACCAAAGUACAACGCCUGACCGUCCAACAAGAGAGCAGUCAUAAUGAGAUCGCCUUCCUCCGCGAAGAGCAAGACGCUGACAAGAUCAAGAUUGGCGACCUGGAGUCCCUGCUCAAGAAAGUCCACCUUAACUUGGAAUCGGAACGAGACAAGAGUAGAGAACUUGAACGUCGGAUCAACGAGGAACGUACACAACGCGACGCGGUGGCAAGUCAGGAGAAGCAGGAAGUGCAGCGCGUUAUCAAUGACCUCAACCGUGAAGCCUCUGGAGCCAAGGACGACCUUCGGAAAGUGCGCAAAGCAUUGUCUGUUCGUGAUAUCGAGGCCAAGUCGUACCAGGAGCGGCUUUCCGAGCUGGAGGAGAGCCUGCGGAAUAUCGUCGGUGACCCCAACAGUUCGAGGUCGAGCUUGAUCAGCGCGGUGACCAAGAUGCGGCGGGAGCUGGAUCAGACUACCAUGGAUCUCCAGACUGUGCGGACGAGGCUAGAGCAGACGGAAAAUCUGCUCCAGGAUCGCGACGCCUUGCUCGAGUCCACGAGCCAUGAAUGCCGAAAGUUGGCCGACGCAUAUGAGCGUGAAAAGGCGGGUAGACGUCAAGACAAAUUGGACUUUGAGAAGACCUACAAGGGCCAUAACUCGACUACUCGUGCCUUGACAUCGGCGUCUGCCAGAAUUGCCGAGCUGGAAGGGCUGCGCCAGACCGACAGGAAGCGAAUGACACAGAUGGAGAAUCAACUCAAAGAACAGUUGUCGGAGCGGAAUCAAAUCCUGCUGAACCUGUGGAAGAGGCUGUCGGCCAUGUGUGGACCAGACUGGGCCCACAACAACAGUCUGAUCAAUGGCAACUUGCCCUCUCAGGAAGUCAUUGGCAACAUGCUCUUCUGGCCGGGCUUCAGUAGGAACUUGCUCUUGGCCGCCAAACAGGUCGAAGGCACUCUGUCCACGUUCCGAGACAAGAUCAAGCGUGUGGAGCGUGAGCUGUAUAAAGAGUACCAGGCUCUCGAGCAGACACUGGAGGUUCGAACUCGCAAGCUUGAGCGUAUUGAGGAGAGCUGGGAACAGAUGAAGAUCAAGAUGUCGGAAAUGGAGACUCGAAUGGACCACGGCCCUCGAACGCCCAAGUCAACCAGAACGCCCGAGAUCAGCAAGCUCAAGGGCGAGAACAGGCUGCUGAAGGCCGAGCUUCAGCUUCUCCAGCAGCAACAAGCGCAUCAUAAUUUACAACACAGGCGUGACAGGAACGAGAGUCGAGCAUCCGGUUACUCAGCCAGCAUCAUGUCGAAUGACGCACCAGGGCAGGUCGAUGGAGCGGUGAAUGGCAGUGCCGGUGUGCCGCCUCGCUCGUCGAGCAUGAGGCGGAGUCGAGGCAUGGAAUUGCAGCGCCAUCAUUCCACAGGCAUUGUGGAACAUCUCGCCAGCAUGGGUGGAGAGGUUGGCUCGCUCCGGUCUAACUCGAUUUCAAGCCGACACUCGGGCUAUGCGCAGCCUACGGACCGAGGCGGCCUCAUGAUCCCCGCCGGCCCGUUCAAUGCACCGGCCAACGGCAACUUCUCGUUGCCGCCCCCACCGAGAGAGGCACCUCCGGCGCCACCGAGCACCGCUUCAGGCUCGGAUAUCGCGAGUAUCACGGCAGGAAGCGGCGGUGGUGGCCAAGGACAAGAAAAAUGGAUCCAUCGCUUGCGAGAGCUGGAACGACGGUUGAAAGCUGAGAGGGAAGCGCGACUGCUGGACCGAAGUGGCGCGCGAAAGCGUCUCGAAGAGCGCGAUGCUGUGAACGAAGAGUUAAGGCGCGAACUAGAGAGGGAGAGGGUCAGAAAAGGCGAUCUUGACGGGGCGGGGCCGCCGCCGCUGCAACUACCCCCAGCACCACCAGGGUACAACGAAGCAGAUCACCAACACCUGGGCAUGACGCCCGCAGAGCUUGAAGCGCAAGCACCAGGGCCAAAUAUUGGGGUCCCGAGGAAGCGCUAG